UUUUAAUUUAAAUUCGUAAACAAAACCGAAAUCCUUUGCGCCUUCGUGAUUUUCCCUUCGUAGUUUAGUCCUUUCGCUGCCUCCAUCGAAUCAUGAGUGAAUUUAACAGCAAAGCUCUUGGGCGAAACAAACACAGUCGUCACAAGCAACAAAAAGACAAACACAGUAAAUUCAAGCCAAAAUCCAGUCUACCAGUGCAUCCAACUCGCAUCGUUCUCGAGUCAAAUUGGUCAUUUUACGACGAAAACUCCGACGAAGAUGACAGCAGCUCGUCCGCAGCGCCCGAUUUUCAAGAAGUUUUGCGACAAAGCACCAACGUUGGCGCCUAUUUUCAGUUCAAAGACGAAAAGGAGCAACAAAAGGACAAAAGUGAGGACUUUAAAUCGUCACUUUUUCACAUCGACUCAAAGUUAAUGGAGUGUGCCUUGUCGACAAUUCCCUUUUAUCAGAGGCUCGAUAUCCCAUCGCAAUAUUUUAGUGCAGAAGAAUUGGAAGAUCAGGACCAAAUUGCAACGGAAAAUGAGGAAAAGUACCGCAAAAUGUGCGAAAAUCGCAGUAAAGAGCUUUUAGUUGGGAAGAAAAGCAACAAAAAACUGCCUGAAAUUCAUCCACAGACCCAGCAGCGACCUGUGAGAUUUUCCGAAGAUACGGAAAUGGAGACUGACUCCACGCGCGACGAGCUAGAUGAGAUCCUUGAGGGCACGAGAUCGUUUCAUAUUGUCGUCGAACCAGUUUUGAAGUUUAAAACGACGUCAGAAAGUACCGCAGUUGUCUCCGCCGCUGAGCCUGAAAGUAAGGAAAGCAUGCAAAAAUGGUUAGAUGACCUCCUUUCGUAAAAUAAUUGAAGAAAAAAGGUGAUUUAACGACUUCAAUAGUGCUCUAAUAAAUUUUAGUUAAAGGAAAUAAUUUGCAUUUUAUUCAAAAG